AUGUCGGACGUCCAGGAACGCCUCAAGAAGCUCGGCGCCUCCGCGCGUAUCGGUAUCGGCAAGGGCACUCCCCGCCGCAAGAUGAAGCGUGCGCCCGCGCGCUCCGCCGCCGACGACAAGAAGCUCCAGGCUGCCCUGAAGAAGCUCAACGUCCAGCCCAUCCAGGCCAUUGAGGAGGUCAACAUGUUCAAGUCUGACGGCAACGUCAUCCACUUUGCUGCUCCCAAGGUCCACGCUGCCGUCCCCGCCAACACCUUCGCCAUCUACGGCAACGGUGAGGACAAGGAGCUCACCGAGCUCGUCCCCGGCAUCCUCAACCAGCUCGGCCCCGACUCCCUCGCCUCGCUCCGCAAGCUCGCCGAGAGCUACCAGAACAUGCAGAAGGAGGGCAAGGACGGUGAGGAGGACGACAUUCCCGACCUGGUCGAGGGUGAGAACUUUGAGAGCAAGGUCGAGUAA